UCUCGUCUUCCUCUUUCCACCGGUGCUCUCGUGUGGAGAGUCGUGUGGAUUCACUGUUGCGGUUUCGGUGCGUCGCAGGCGUGUGCAUCACGCAAUGUAACGGCCACCAGUCACAAUCUCAUUUUGAAAAACAUUGAUAAAGUCCUAGGUAGGCGGCGGCCAACGAGGAAACCAAGGGAACGUAGAACAGCGCGGAGCGGAGGGAGAUUCGGUAGUUUUUGCUGGAGGGGACUCUAGCAAACCGACCGACACCACGCGCAGAAAUGGCGGAACACCACGCAGUCAGCGACGGCAAGCACAAAGCGUCCGCUAAUGCCGGCAGCUCGGUACACGGGAAUAGCCGAGCCGGCGCCGCGGGUGCAGCGGGCGGCAGAGGAGGCCUGUCGGGCGGACUGACACAGCCGGCGGGGUGGCAGUCGUUACUCUCGUUUAGCAUUCUCUUUCUGGCCUGCCUCGCAGGAUUCAGCUCCAGACUUUUCGCCGUGAUUCGGUUCGAGAGCAUCAUCCACGAGUUCGACCCGUGGUUCAACUACAGAUCGACGCAUCAUCUGGCAACCAAUGGUUUCUACGAGUUUCUCAACUGGUUUGACGAAAGAGCCUGGUACCCGUUGGGAAGGAUUGUCGGCGGCACAGUCUAUCCCGGUUUAAUGGUGACUGCGGGACUCAUCCACUACGUGCUCAACUUGCUUCACAUUACGGUCCACAUCCGCGACGUGUGCGUCUUUCUGGCGCCGGUGUUCAGCGGUCUCACGGCGAUCUCCACCUUCCUGCUGACACGGGAGCUGUGGAACCAGGGCGCGGGGCUGCUGGCGGCCUGCUUCAUCGCCAUCGUCCCCGGCUACAUCUCCCGCUCGGUCGCCGGCUCCUUUGACAAUGAGGGCAUUGCCAUCUUUGCCCUGCAGUUCACCUACUACCUCUGGGUGAAAUCUGUGAAGACAGGCUCUGUUUUCUGGACAAUUGGCUGUUGCCUCUGCUAUUUUUAUAUGGUGUCGGCAUGGGGCGGCUACGUGUUUAUCAUCAACCUGAUUCCCCUCCACGUGUUUGUGCUGCUGCUGAUGCAACGUUACAGCCGACGAGUCUACAUCGCUUACAGCACCUUCUACAUUGUUGGUCUUGUACUAUCAAUGCAGAUUCCAUUUGUCGGCUUCCAGCCCAUCAGGACCAGUGAGCAUAUGGCUGCCGCCGGUGUGUUUGCACUACUUCAAGCGUAUGCCUUCCUGCAAUACUUGAGAGACAGACUGACCAGACAAGAAUUCCAGACGCUCUUCUUCCUCGGCGUUUCGCUCGCCGCCGGCGUGGUCUUCCUCACCGUGAUAUAUCUCACGUACACAGGAUACAUCGCUCCAUGGAGCGGGCGUUUCUACUCGCUCUGGGACACUGGCUACGCCAAGAUCCACAUCCCCAUUAUCGCAUCAGUGUCGGAGCACCAGCCGACAACGUGGGUCUCCUUCUUCUUCGAUCUUCACAUCCUGGUGUGCACGUUCCCGGCGGGCCUCUGGUUCUGCAUCAAGAACAUAAAUGAUGAGCGAGUGUUUGUGGCCCUGUACGCCAUCAGCGCGGUGUACUUCGCCGGCGUGAUGGUGCGUCUCAUGCUGACGCUGACGCCGGUGGUGUGCAUGCUGUCGGCCGUGGCUUUCUCCAGCGUCUUUGAACACUACAUGGGAGAUGACACCAAGCGGGAGAAACCCCCCGCCGAAGACAGCAGCGACGAGGACGACAAGAGGAAUUCGGGCAAUCUCUACGAUAAGGCUGGCAAGGUACGCAAGCACGUGUCCGAGCAGGAGAAAGCGGAAGAAGGCCUGGGUCCCAACAUCAAGUCCAUCGUCACCAUGCUGAUGUUGAUGCUCCUGAUGAUGUUUGCCGUCCACUGCACCUGGGUCACCAGCAACGCUUACUCCAGCCCCAGCGUGGUGCUGGCCUCCUACAACCACGACGGGUCACGUAACAUCCUGGACGACUUCAGGGAGGCCUACUACUGGCUGAGGCAGAACACGGACGAGCACGCGCGCGUCAUGUCGUGGUGGGACUACGGGUAUCAAAUUGCGGGGAUGGCCAACAGGACGACGCUCGUCGACAACAACACGUGGAACAAUAGUCACAUCGCGCUGGUGGGCAAGGCCAUGUCUUCCAAUGAAAGCGCAGCUUACAAAAUCAUGCGGUCCCUGGACGUGGACUACGUGCUGAUUAUUUUCGGCGGCGUCAUCGGCUACUCGGGCGACGACAUCAACAAGUUCCUGUGGAUGGUGAGGAUAGCGGAAGGGGAGCACCCAAAGGACAUCAGGGAAAGUGACUACUUCACCCCUCAGGGAGAGUUCAGAGUGGACAAGGCCGGUUCACCCACUCUGCUCAACUGCCUCAUGUACAAGAUGUCCUACUAUCGAUUUGGCGAAAUGCAGCUGGACUUUCGAACGCCGCCGGGCUUCGACCGGACGCGCAACGCCGAGAUCGGGAACAAGGAUAUCAAAUUCAAGCACCUGGAGGAGGCCUUCACCUCCGAGCACUGGCUGGUCAGGAUCUACAAGGUCAAGAACCUUGGCAACAGGGAGCCGCUCGACCACAAGCCUCGCACCGUGGUGCCCAAACAGAAGUACACGUCCAAAAAGACGGCCAAGAGGAAGCGAGGCUUCGUGAAGAACAAGCUGCUCCUGAAAAAAGGCAAGAAAGUCCAAAAAAAGUAACCCAGACGAACUCUCCUAGGAAAAAAUAAAUAAAAUAGAAUGCGAAGAAACCUCUGACAAACAAUGAAGAGCACCGGGGUGUGGAUUUCUGUGGCACUUGGGCUCAAGCGUUUUUUUCAUCAAGAGCACCCCCGUGCGGCGAGGAAGGUGAAGUGUCAAAUUCUGAUUCUCUCCAGAGAACUGUUGUCCAUUUUAUCUUGGGGGGGGGUACAUUUUGUUUUGCUUCUUUUCUCCACUUUUUUUUCUUUUUUUUUUUUACUUUGUACUUGAAUGUGCGGUGAGGCAUUGGGCUGCUCUGUUGGUUUGUGUCAAUUAAAACAGUUGUGGUACACGAACGAUGUGAUCCUCAGUGCACGUGGUGGGGUGGAGAAGCAGGUUUAGAACGGGGAAGCGGGGGCAGGGCUGGGGGCGGGGGUAGGAACAUUUUCCACCAAAGAGCCGUUGACGUGACCUUUCUCCGUGGCACACGUGAACUCCGGAAGAAGCGAGGAAGUGCUCGGGCCUUGUUCCUGCCACGUGUACACACGAAACGCAUGCGGUAUGGACGGACGUCACCCACCGGUUUGAAUUCACCUUCUUGAUCAUCGUGGCUUCCUCUUCCUUUUCAAAUCAUUUACAAACCAAUUGGCCGCACAUGUAACUGUUGUGUAAAGAUAAUGUCAAAGGUGUAUAAUAUAUUGGAUUCUUGUCGUGAUUUUUUUUUUUAAUACAGAAUCAACAUUGUUUUGUUAUGGAUGUUAUUUUUUUUCUAUAACAGCAAAUAGAUCAGUGAAUGCAAUAAUUCUUGUACAGAGGGCCUUGAGAUUUUGUUAUGGAUGGAAUGAAUGUGAAUUUUUACAAUCCUAACCAUCCCCCCGCCCUCAUAAAUAGCUUAGAUUGUAAAUUUUUGCUGCUCAGGCUUCAAAGUGGCAAAUCAACACAAUGUAAGAAGUCGGGGCCUCAUUAAAUUAAGCCUCCCCUCCAGCAGAGGGAGCUCAAGUUGAACGAGCGAGCCCUCGUGCCUUUCAUUGACUCACAUUUUGAUGUCUUCCCUCGUUAGUUCGUCGUCUAGCGACAGGCGUGGAGGUCUUGCAAACUGAUAAUAACUCGACAUACUGAAAAUGCUGAUAGGAGGAAAAAAAAAAUAUCCGCGUUUCGUUUUUGCCUCGCUCUCCCCAGCUCAUCAGGAAACACACAUAAUCACCUUUGUUUUCCAGUCACUCGUUGCCGUUUCGGGCCACACGAGAAAAUUCCCAACAAUUAUGCAAAGAAGACAAGUAGGACAAGUCCAAAUUUGAUGGUUGUAACAAAAAAAAAAUAAUCUCAAUACAGAGAACUCCAUAUUUGCAAAUUUGUUUUUACGCUGAUGCUUUUAUUAAAUUUUGUUUGACCCUCUC